GUCAAGCACGUAUUGCCUGCCCUUCUGAAGGCCAUGAGUCACCGAUGCCAAGGGGCUGAGUUUGCCGGCAUUCUCAUCAAUGAGUGUAUUGAGGAGCGUUCAUCGGAACCCACCGAAAAAUCAAAGCUUCCUGACAUGGGUCGACCGUCGCAGAGAUGGGGUCGAAAAUCCAGUGCUUUUGUCGGCGACGAAACCGCCAGCGUCUCUUCCACGAAAGCCGAAGCAAUCCUCUUGAGCAGCGUGGUCAGGAAUAUUGACUCUGGGCUGGCAAAUGACGUUAGUGAAAAGAUUGACAAAGUCCGAAACUCCACGUCCCCGCAAACCGUGAACAAUGUUGUAGAGUCUGUGGAAGCGCCUCACUCGGUAACACCUCCCGUCUCGGAUUCUGGGGAGGGCGACACCACGGAGUUGCCGCGUGCUUUAAUCAAAUACAUGGCCUUUUAUAAGGAAGUGAGAGUCCUUCAGAGCGCGACAAUGUUUUCGGCGUCAACGCGGUUCAGAUUUACCGACAUAUUGCAUAAAACCGCCACAGCAGCGAGUAAUUUUGCUGCCAAGAGAGGGCAAACGGCAUUACAGGCCGAAUGCCGCGCAACAAUCUUGGACUCUCAGGAUCGAAAAGGUCUCGAGGUAGAGAUAGACAUGGAAGGUGCCGACGACUGGGAAACAGUAGCUUCGAUUGUUAGCGAAUGGUGGUUGACACAGAAGAAAAGGCAUAUUGUAGUCAAUCUUGUAGCGAGAUAUACUUGAUUCGGCAGGGCCGGGCUUGUGUCUCGCCUAGUCUAAGACAGUACU